AUGCCGUCAACCACCGCAGAAACGCUCUCGCUUGUCAACAGGAACGUGUCGGUAGCGCCGUUAGUGCUACUCUCGGCCACAGAUCACUAUGCUCGUUCAGCAAAGGGCACACGCAAGAGAGUCGUCGGUGUGCUGCUGGGCCAGAAUGAUGGAAAGAACGUGAGAGUGUCAAACAGUUUUGCUGUGCCAUUUGAGGAGGAUGAGAAGGACCCGUCCGUAUGGUUCCUCGACCACAACUACAUCGAAUCAAUGAACGACAUGUUCAAGAAAGUCAACGCUCGCGAGAAGUUGAUUGGAUGGUACCACACCGGCCCCAAGUUGCGCGCCUCAGACCUGGAGAUCAACGAGCUGUUCAAGCGCUACACACCCAACCCCCUUCUUGUCAUCAUUGACGUCCAGCCCAAGGAUGUCGGUGUGCCGACCGAUGCCUACUUUGCUGUUGACGAGAUCAAAGACGACGGAACCACAACCGCAAAGACCUUCGUCCACACACCCUCGACCAUCGAAGCCGAAGAAGCAGAAGAGAUUGGAGUUGAGCACUUGCUACGUGAUAUCCGCGACGUUGCUGUCGGCACUCUCUCGACUCGUGUGACAUCGCAAUUGCAGUCGCUGCAAGGUCUGCAUCACCGUCUGCAAGACAUCGGUCGAUACCUCGACAAAGUGGUCGAUGAAGAACUCUCCGUCAACCACGCAAUUCUCGGCAACCUCCAGGACGUCUUCAACCUGUUGCCCAACCUCUCCACACCCAAGACCGCAGGCGCCAUUGGUCUCGCUGGCCCACAAGCAGCUGGCGAUUCUGAGCUUGCUCGUGCCAUGAGCAUCAAGACCAAUGACCAGCUCAUGUCUAUCUACCUCGGCAGUUUGAUCCGUGCCAUCACCGCCUUCCACGACCUUAUCGAGAACAAGGUUCAAAACAAGCAGCAGGCCGACGAUAAGGAGCUGAAGAAGGAGGAGGACAAGACGAAAGAGACCAUCAAGAAGACUGAGAACCUCAUGUUGAACGGCGAUGCACCGGCCGAGCAGCAAGGAAAGGAUGACAAGUCCAAGGACGAGAAGAAG